UGAAUCGAACUCCAGAGACAAUGAUUUCUGCUUUCUAUUUAAAGCUUUAUGUUGUUUUUAUUUCUUUCUCGAUGAUAACGGCUACUACGCGCCACAUAAAUUACAUCACUUCAAAGGAGAAGAGAAUGCACUUGCUGGAGAAGGAUAGGCAACUCAUUAUCCUUCUCAAUAGCUAUGCAAUAGAGCUGCAAGGAAAGAUAGACACUCUGCGCGGGGUAGCUACAGCGUUUAAGGAACGUAUGAAUGAAGCCAACGGGAGGGAAGUGGAGUAUCUGUCCAAUCCCUUGAAGAAUUUCUUCCUAGUUCGUCAAAUGCACGAGGACUGGGAUCCGGUGAAGAAGUUCAUGCAGCAGCCAGUGGGUCAAGAGCAAAUGAAGUCGAUCGAGAAACUGCACCAGGAUCUUCCAUCGCAGGAUGAUCUAAAGGAAGCCAGUCAGGCCAUAUUCCUAAUAACCGAUGCGUAUGACCUGGAACCCAAGGAUGUGGCCAGCGGAUUGGUUCAUGGGGUACAGUACAGUGGAAAUCUGUCGGCCAAGGACUGCUUCGCCUUAGGAAAGUUCUUUUUUCAGUCGGGAGUAGCUUCAGAAUGGCUUAUCACUGCCAGAGAUUUGUUAAUGAAACACACGCCAAAGUACCUUAAAGUGAUGGGGGUUACCAGCCAGCAUAUAACUUUGCUACUUGCUCGCUCUCUAAUCGCUCGUGGCAAUGUGAGCAGCGAUCGAGAAAUGCUGGAGAAGGAUUCCAAGCCCGGGGAAACUGGAACAGACUUUGAGUCCUUGGAGCUUGAAGAACAUCCAUGUCUUUUAUCGGGCAGAUCCAAGCCUACGAGGCUCCACUGUCGCUACAACACCACUUCCUCGCCCUUCCUGAAACUGGCUCCCUUUCGGAUGGAGGAACUCUCGCUGAGCCCAUAUAUUGUGCUCUAUCACAAUGUUCUGAGCGAUGGCGAAAUCGAGAAGUUGCAGCGGAUGAGCGAGCCGUUUCUGGAGAGAUCCAAAAUCUUUACCCAUGACGGCGGGUCCACUCAGGUCUCCCCAACCCGAACAGCGGACGGGGUAUGGCUACCUCACAUGAACACGGAACUCGAGGACAGGUUGAUCCUGAGCCGCAUUGCACUGAGGAUCAGGGACAUAACUGGUCUCAAAUUAGGCCGUGGCGGAUUGAUGCAGUUCGUUAAGUACGGAUUUGGGGGACACAUCAAGCCUCAUCACGAUUACUUUGAUUUUAAGUUACCCAACUUGGAGCCGACAGGCGACCGCAUUGCCACUUUUCUCUUCUACCUAAAUAAUGUGCUUCACGGCGGAGCCACCGCUUUUACCGAGUUGAAUAUUGCAGUGCAACCCCAAAAAGGAUCGGCUUUGUUUUGGUACAACAUGGAUGGGCAGUCCUUCGACUUUGAUGAUCUCACCUUCCAUGGCGCCUGUCCCCUUAUAUCUGGCACAAAGAUGGUUUUGACCCGCUGGAUUUACGAACUGGAUCAGAUGUUCCUUCUUCCUGCCGUGAUCCCUCCCCGCAAUCGUGACUACAGCAAAAUACUCCCCAACUCAAUGUGGGAAACUUAAAAUAUUUUGGACCCCAUGGUGCGUUCGUGCGGGCAAAGUUGGCAAUAAAAACACUACAAAAUAUUUUACGCUUUGUAUAUCGUUUGAGUAGAAAUAAAUAUUACUUUCC